AUGAACGCCUCAGAUUUCAGCCAACUUUUGGUGGUACUUGCCUCCAAUGACAACCAAGCUCGUUCACAAGCCGAACAAAUGCUGGAAAGUUUAAAAGUUAAUGAAUUGCCUAAAUUUAUGAUUUUGUUGGUAUCUGAGCUUGCCGAUGAAACCAAACCAAACCAUCUCAGACAGUUGGCUGGUCUUCAAUUGAAAAACGUUCUUGAUUCAAAGGACCCACAAAAGAAAGUGCUUCUGGAACAUCAAUGGAUGAGACAAGAUGAAGAAACAAAGACGCAAAUCAGAAACAAAGUUCUUCUUACACUCCACUCAUCAGCUAUUGAAGCAAGAAAAACAGCGGCUCAAGUGCUUGCUGAAUUUGCUUCCGUAGAUUUAGCAAACAAUCAAUGGUUAAACGUCAUUGAUGCCGUCUUAAAGAACAUUUCAGAGCCACAAUCAGUUUAUGGUAUUCAAUCAAGUUUAAUGGCUAUUGGUUUUUUGUGUGAUAUGUGCCGAGCUCCUGCUCUCAAACACAAUACAAAUCAAAUUCUUACAGCAGUUAUUCAAGGAAUGAGAGAAACAAGUAAUAAUGACAUCAAAUUAGCUGCUACCGAAGCAUUAGUGAAUUGUCUUGUCUUUGUUCAAGAAAACUUUGAGAGAGAUUCGGAAAGAAAUUAUAUUAUGGAAACUGUAUGUCAAUCCACACAAAGCACUGAUACUAGAAUAAGAAGAGUUGCAUUUGAAUGUUUGGUGAAGAUUGGAUAUUUGUAUUACGACAAGCUGAAACCAUACAUGGAAGCCGUGUUUACUAUUACAACUAAAGCUUUAACAGAUCCAAAUGAAAAAGAGGAGGUUCAACUUCAAGCUAUUGAAUUUUGGACUUCACUAGCCGAAACUGAGGCCAUCAUUUUAGAAGAAAUGGAAAUUGCUCACGAGAAUAACAUUGCUGCAGACAGAGAGUGUUACAACAUCAUUUCACAAGCUCUCUCUCCUCUAGUUAAUCUCAUGACGCAAUGCCUUACAAGACAAAAUGAGUAUCAAGAAGAUGGCGACAUGUGUGUAAGCAAUUACGCUAGUAACUGUAUUGCUGCGAUGGCUUUAGUAACAGGAGAAAGUAUUGUUAACGAAAUUAUGCCAUUCGUUUCAAACAAUAUUAACAAUCAAGAUUGGCACUUUAAGGAAGCAGCUACUUUGGCAUUCUCUGCAAUUUUGGAUGGACCAAGACCAGGAGACAGAAUGAACGAUCUCAUCAACAGAGCAAUGCCGUUCCUUCUUGCACACGUUUCUGAUCCAGUCCUUCUUGUCAAGGAUACAUCUGUGUUUGCGUUGGGAAGAAUUGCUGAAUUCCAUCCUGAUCCUUUGAUUGAUCAUCACUUGGAAAAUGUGUUGAAGGCUCUUAGUAUUGCCAUGAACGAUGAAGCACGUAUUUGCAGUAAGGCAUGUUGGACCAUCAUGCACAUUGCUGAGGCAUUUUCAGCAGAGAGCAGCGAUGAAAAACAAUCCUAUGCUUUGUCUCCUUACUUCAAGACGUUAGCUGAAAUGCUUUUGGCUUCUACUCUCAGAGAAGACUCUAGCGAGAACAACCUCAGAAUUAAUGCAUACGAAGCUUUGUCUGCUCUUGUCCACAGUGGUGCCAGAGAUACUUUUGAAAUCUUGGACAUGAUUGUUGCAGAAUUGUUAAACAGACUUGAACAAACCCUGACUCUUCCUCAAACCGAAGAAGUUUGUCUUAUUCAAGGUUUGAUGUGUGGAUCUCUUCAAGUUGCUGCUAGAAAGCUUGAGUUCAGAAUUGUGAAACAUGCAGAUAGAAUUAUGACAUUCUUGUUGAAGAUCUUUGAUUCAAAGAGCGUCAAUGUUCACGAAGAAGCCUUCCUUGCUGUUGGUGCAGUUGCUGCCGCUCUUUCACAAGAUUUUGAUAGGUACAUGCCACACUUUUUACCAUUCCUUCUCAGAGGAUUGCAAACAUAUCAAUACGAACAAAUUUGUGUCGUUACAGUUAAUAUCAUUGGAGAUUUGAGUAUUGCUUUGAGAGAAAAGCUCUUCAAUUACUCCGAUGCUAUUAUGGAACAAUUGCUAAAGAAUUUACAAACAAACGAGCUGCAUAGAAAUGUGAAGCCAAACAUUAUUGCAGCUUUCGGAGAUAUUGCAUUGGCUGUAGGAGCCAGAUUUGAAAAGUAUCUACCAUUUGUAGGCAACGUUCUUCUUCAAGCUUGUGAAGCACAAGUUGAUGUAUCAAGCGAAGAAAUGGUUUCAUACUUGAAUUUGCUCAGAGAAAACGUGUUAGAUGCUUACAUUGGCAUUUUACUUGGAUUUAAGAAGGAAAAUCCUCAAGCUUUUAUUCCAUAUGUAGAUCCUUUGCUGUCAUUUGUAAAAAUUGUUUUUGAAGAUCCAAAUACCGACCAAGAAGUUUUCAAGAAUGCUGUUUCCAUUGUUGGUGACUUGGCAAAUGUUUACGAAAUGAAGAUUAAGCACUCAUUGCAGCAGGAAUUUAUCAAAAAUAUGAUAGAAGACGCUUGCAACUCACAGGAUGCAGAAACAAAACAACGAGGAACUAAGGCAAAGAAGAAUCUCAAGAAGAUUUCUCUGUUCUAA